AUACCGUCGCUCUCUCCGUCGUCCAUCGCACCAAAAACCCUCGCUCCGUCGCUGAUUCUCUCACUAAGUUUCAGUUCUCUCUGUCUCUAAGAAGCUCUUUCUUACCUCUCGCUCUUCUUCCAUGGCUCGCUCGAGCGCGUUGCUCUCUCUGGCCGCAAUGGCGGUCCUGCUCGUCGGCCUGGCGGUGGCGCAGAGCCCCGCCCCGUCGCCGGCCCACACCCCGUCCAAGUCGCCCUCGCCGGCUGCUUCCGCCCCGUCUCCCUCCGGCACCGCCACCUCUCCCCCGUCGCCCCUGCCGUCGUCUCCCGCCCCCGGGGCUCCCGCGCCGGGCUCUACUUCGCCGACGAUCACGUCUCCGCCGACCGAGGCGCCCACGCCUGGGAAAAAUAGCGCCUUCAGCAACAGAGUUGGCUUCGCUGGAUCGGUGGCGAUCGUCGCUCUCGUCGCUGGUUUGGUCAUAUAAGCAGAUCGCCGGAUUCUUGCCGCUUCUCGCUCGCUAGCCUAAUGUAUUUUUUUAUUCUCCUUUUGGAAUUUCCAUAAUGUUUAAAUUAUUUUUUCGACAUUUUAGCCGUAGAGAUAUGCACAUUGGACAGAUCAUUACAGAGGAUUGAUUACAUUGUUUAUGCGGAGAUUAUUAUUUAUUAUUGCUAAUAAUAUUCGUCUAUUUAUAUAU